AUGCGGCCCACGUCUAGCUUGGUAGUUGCCAUCACUGGCCUCUUGUUUGCGAACCAAGGUUCAACCCAUCCUAUUGACAGUGACAUUCAAAUUCCCUUCACCGAGCCAGAGCUUCGGAAGCCUCCCUCGGAUGGCUCAUAUUCCUUCCUUUCGACCAUCAGAGACGUCCUAGUCGACCACGAUAUCAUCGGCGAUGUCCUUGACGACUUUGAACCCUCCUAUUACCUUGACAUCAGCUACCCCAAAUCCCACGAGACUGUCCUUUUGGGUAACGAUAUCCCCGUCGACUCCGUGUCGAAACGACCCAUCUUCACAUUUCACUCCAUAAACUCUCCGUCCAGCAGGGGAAGAGGCAAGAAGUCCAUCUUCACCCUAGUCCUGACAGAUCCUGAUGCAAAAUCUCACGACAACCCAAAGUGGUCUGAGAUGUGUCACUGGAUCCUCACCAACUUGACCACCCCCAUCCCAGAGCCUCCUUCAUUGCUUCAUACUGUGAAAGCCAAACCCGGAGAGAUAGAGGAAUACCUUCCGCCCGGUCCACCCCCAAAGACAGGUGCCCAUCGCUAUGUUUUCGUCUUGUUGGAGGGCGAGACUUCAGCCCUGAAGCCGCCAGCAGACAGGAAGCACUGGGGCUAUGGCAAGCCCAGACACGGUGUGCGGGACUGGGCCAAGGAAAAUGAUUUGACUGUUGUGGGUGCGAACUUCUUCUAUGCUCAAAAUGAGAAGCAAUAG